AUAAAAAACCCUUUUAUCUUAUAAGUCGAGGAUUUCCCUCAAAAACCCUAGCAGCCGAGCGUUAACCUCCCUGAACAUCUCGCCCUCGAAUUCUGCAGCGCAGCAGCAGCCAUGACGUUCAAGCGCAGGAACGGAGGUCGCAACAAGCACGGCCGCGGCCAUGUUAAGUUCAUCCGCUGCUCCAACUGCGGCAAAUGCUGCCCUAAGGAUAAGGCAAUCAAGAGGUUCCUUGUGAGGAACAUCGUUGAGCAAGCUGCAGUCAGGGAUGUUCAGGAGGCUUGCGUCUAUGACGGGUAUGUUCUCCCGAAGCUGUAUGUGAAGAUGCAGUACUGCGUCUCCUGUGCCAUUCACUCCCGUGUUGUGAGGGUGCGAUCCCGCACUGAGCGCAGGAAGCGUGACCCACCACAGCGCUUCCAGAGGCGCAAGGAUGAUGCUAAGCCUGGUCAAGGUGGUCCUGGUGGCCCCGUAGCUCGCCCUGCUGGUCCUCCAGUUGCUGCCCGAACUUGAAAGAUGAAAGUCAUGUCCCUGAUUUCCUUAAUGUCAGGAGUUUUUUAAGUAUCGAUGGAUGUGUAGCUCGUUUUGUUAUCGACUUUAGCCAUGUUAUGGAUCAAACAUCAAGUCCUUGAAAGUUUUGAUUAAUGAGGUUGCAGUUUGGUUUUGAUUCCUACUACAGAAUUGGAUCUUUGUCCAAAUAUUACUCUUGGAGUUUUCUAUACAUCCC